UGCCGGCCUCCUCACAGUUUGCCACUGGGGUUUGCAGCCUCCUGGUUGCCUCAGUCCAUGCAGGGACCCAGCAUGGGCACCUUCUUUGUAGUUCCAGGAGCAGUUUUGUUGUCAUGGAGGCCAAAGUGAAUUGAGGAGUGUAAAGGUAACUGUUUGUUUUUAGUCUCAAAGAUCGGCCCAAAAUAUAGGCCGUUGCUCCUCUUCCGGAAAAGCCUGAUUGGUAGGAUUCUUCCAGUUCAGCAGACGUGCUUUAUCUCUUUCCCUCACCAACUUCAAAACUAGAGCUUACCAAGAUCCUGUGGAGGAAAACUUGCCAGGUCUAUCAUUUCUCACAAAUGGCCGAGCCUGGAGGUGGUACUGUUUGCAAUGGGACUCUUCACAGUCAAAGCGAGGACAGUCACAGUGAAAAUUGCACAGAGAACGGGACAGUGAGAGAAGCCCAGCAAAAUGGAAAUUCCAAUUUCUAUAAGCCAAUUGUUGAAUCCUUUGAGGAAGCACCUCUUUAUGCUGUGAUUUUAACUUAUAUGGGAUAUGGAAUUGGGACGCUGUUUGGCUAUCUCAGAGAUUUUUUGAGAAACAGGGGAAUAGAAAAAUGCAAUGCAGCUGUAGAGCGAGAAGAACAAAAGGAUUUUGUGCCGCUGUAUCAAAACUUUGAGAAUUUUUAUACACGGAACAUUUACAUGAGAAUCAGAGACAACUGGAACCGGCCCAUCUGCAGUGCCCCGGGGGCUCUGUUUGAUGUGAUGGAGAGGGUUACAGAUGACUACAACUGGACAUUUAGGUUUACUGGAAGAAUCAUCAAAGAUGUCAUCAACAUGGGUUCCUAUAACUUCCUUGGCCUGGCAGCCAAGUAUGAUGAAUCCAUGAGGACAGUAAAGGAUGUGUUAGAGACGUAUGGCCUAGGUGUGAGCAGCACCAGACAAGAAAUGGGAACCUUGGAUAAGCAUAAGGAGUUAGAGGACCUCGUGGCAAAGUUCCUGAAUGUAGAAGCUGCUAUGGUCUUUGGGAUGGGAUUUGCAACUAACUCAAUGAAUAUCCCUGCACUAGUUGGAAAGGGGUGCCUCAUUUUAAGUGAUGAGUUAAACCACGCAUCUCUUGUGCUUGGGGCCCGCCUCUCAGGUGCAACCAUAAGGAUCUUCAAACACAACACCUCUCUAGGACCCUCCCAGGACCAGUGGGCUAGUCUGGGAGUGUUCUCUUCAUAUUACCUAAAAAUUCAGGAGGAAAGCAGAAGCAUGGAAGACCUCUUAAAUUCAAGCUUGGAACUAGCCUGCUCUCCCUUCCCUGGCUUCUAUUCACCAAAGCAAGUCAUUUGGCUGAACCUAUGUCACAGGCAAGGAUACAAUCUCCACCCUUUGGUGGGAAGGAGAGUGAGGUCACAUGCCAGAGGACUGGAAAGGGGGCAUUUCUUCUUAUGCUCCAGCAUGGAAGGUUCCAUCGUGCGUCUGCCCCAGAUCGUGGCCCUAAAGAAGAAAUACAAGGCUUACCUCUACGUAGAUGAAGCUCACAGUAUUGGGUCUGUGGGCCCCAGCGGUCGUGGUGUGGUGGAGUUCUUUGGAAUGGACCCCAGAGAUGUUGAUGUGUGCAUGGGCACAUUCACCAAAAGCUUUGGAGCCUCAGGAGGUUACAUAGCUGGAAGGAAGGACCUUGUGGAUUAUUUACGGGUUCACUCGCACAGUGCUGCAUAUGCUACAUCCAUGAGCCCCCCAGUAGCUGAGCAGAUCAUCAGGUCAAUGAAGUUCAUCAUGGGACUGGAUGGGACCACGCAAGGCUUGCAGAGAGUACAGCAACUUGCCAAAAACACACGAUACUUCAGACAGAGACUGAAAGAAAUGGGAUUCAUUAUCUACGGCCAUGAGGAAUCUCCAGUGGUCCCCCUGCUCCUUUACAUGCCUGCUAAAUUAGCGGCUUUUGCAAGACAUCUAUUAAAGAGAAAAAUUGGUGUGGUGGUUGUUGGAUUUCCAGCUACUCCCCUCGCAGAAGGCCGGGCUCGGUUUUGUGUUUCAGCAGCACAUACCCAGGAGAUGUUAGACACAGUUUUGGAAGCCCUGGAUAAGAUGGGUGACCUGCUGCAUGCUAAAUAUUCCCGGCACAGGAAGUCAGCUCGCCCCGAACUCUAUGACGAGACCAGCUUUGAACUUGAGGAUUGAGUUUCCUGGUCCCGAAUGGAACCUAAAGACUUCGCCAGAAAGACCUCCCUCCUUUCCUCAAAAGAAAUACAAAUGUAUUUCUCCUCCUUUCUAAGGACGGUUUUGGUUUCCAAGCCAGCUUUAUUGACCCAAGAGAGAUAUGAUUUUUGUUGUGUUUUUAAUGUCUCUGCAGAGACAAAGCUUCGGUUCCAGAGUUUACCUUUCUCCUCUUCCAAGUGUCUUGUCACAAAUACACACCUGUACUUCUUAGAAUAUUUUUAAUGUCAAUGAGCCUGUGUUUUAGCUGCUCCUGUGCAGCCUCUUUGGUCCAGACCCUUUCAGGAAUUCCAGCCAAAUGAGAGGGUUUCGAUUCUUAACUCAGUAGAGCUCACUGUGUGCUUACUUACUUCAUCUGCAGACAGGGCAGGGUUGGGUGGGGGCAGGUGCUGAACUCCUUGUUACCCACGGCAACACCAGUCAGAACGCAUCCACAUCAGAGGAAGUCUCAGGCAAGAGGGUAAAAAAUGUGACUUCUACCAUUUGCUGCAUUUGGACUUUCCCCAAGAAUAAGUAUCAAAAGCCAUAGUCAAUGUUUCGAGUGAGAGAGAAGACCUGACCAGCAGCAACCAAAGGUGUCUUUAAAGGAAACUUUCUUUUCCUCUUGUUGGUCUCCUAUAGGUUUACAGCUGAGCUUUUGAAGUUUGGAAAAUUAAGGACUCUUGUUUCAUCAGGAAGGGAGCAGAAAGCAAGCCAGCCAGUUUUAGGCCUGAACUUAAACUGUGAAGUGGUAACAACUUGAAUGUUGUUGGUGCCACGUGGACUGAAUGUUCAGCGUGCAUGGCCUUCACUUCUUUAAGGAAUGAGUUGUCAUUUUCCUAUUGAAUUUGGAAUGCAUGGUGAAAUUCAAGGUCCUUUAGAGUUGACUCCCAAGACUAUACUGGAAGAACAUAUUGAUUCAAAAAAGACAUUUAAAAGUAAAUUCUAUUCAUCUUUUUCAAUUCUGACACCCCCGUUCAGGCCUAUUAAAUGGCACUGUAUCUGGCACCAGCGCCGCAGCUGAGUACUGGGUGGGCUUGUACACUAUUGGGCAACCAACUUUAAUUUACUUGUGUUCUCUCUGUCUCUCUCUCUGUCUCUGGGUGUCUGCCCGCCUGCCUCUCUCUCUCUCUCUCUAAAAGUAAACACAAACUUCUCUGCAAAAGAAGCCCUUUGCUAAUUGGACCUGGUUGGUAUGGAAAAAGCCAGUGGAAAACCUUAUCUUUAAUGAGCCCCAAGAUUGUAUUCAGAUUGGGAAACUGUAGAAAGCAGUGGCGACCUUUCAGCAAAGAUUCUGUAAUAGUUCAAAUGAGUUACAGAACAUUCCAAUCCAUCAAAUGACACUAUAAAGAAGUCACUUCAAGAGAGGUUCAAAUUCACAUGACAUAGAUGGGCCCAGACUUUCAUGCUGGGAGCUGAGAUAGAAACUCCGCCCACAGCAUGGCGUCCGGUGGAGCAGCAGGCCCUGAUGCUCACAGCUUAUCAAAGGAUAAAGGGGAUCAGUGUGAAGACCUUUAUUAUGGGGAAAUGAUAACCCUCAGUAGGAACAUCAGGUUAAAAGUGGAUCACAAUGAUAAAUUUCCUAAUGAUUAUCUGCAAGGAGUCCUACAAGCAGAACAGGAGAGGAAAUGGGAUCUGAAAAUCCAGUUGCCCUGUCUAAGGACUGAGUUUAAUACCUCAAUUCCAGACUAAAUUCCAACUCUUCUCAAUGAACUGGUGCAGCAUUCCAUUUGCAAAGAAAAUCUAUGUUGCAUAAAUGUACAAUGAAAAGGAAGCCUUGUAGGUCUUUUCUCUUGAAAACGUGCAUUUAAAUGAAGUUGAUCCUAGUUAAUUGUCCAAAAUGCAUCUUCAUCAAGAUCGCAGAGUCCUGGGCAAUUCACUACAUUGUCUGAUACAAGAUAAAGGAUCUAUCUGUGUCAGAGAAUCUGUGUUGAGAAUACACUUAGGAGAACAACUGGAAUCAAAGUAGAAUGUUUCCUGAGGACAUUUAGAGGGGCCCAUGUCCCAAAGGGCUGGUAGUAUAUAAAAAUAUACAUCAUACACAAUAAGGUUGGUUAUUGUGAGAAUUUUUAAUUUUUUAUAAGAAAAAAAACAAACUACUGCAAGGUUAGUAAAACCAUGAUUUCAAUUCAAUAGGGAUUACUGGGUCCUAGUAACAAUGCCAGAGCCAAAAAUUUCCAUUUGGUUGGUUCUGUUUGGAAAGGAAAUUUUCCAGCAGAACUAUUAUGUUAUUCAGCCCUUACUCUGCCAAUUACACACACACACACACACACACACACACACACACACACACACCCUUCUUUUCCUUUACAGAGCAAACUAGAGUUUAACAAUACAGAGAUGAAAAUCUGGUUGGUUGAUAGAAGAUAGAAGAUGCUGUUCUAAAAAUGACCUUCAAGGAAGCAAAAGAUAAAGGACCCAGAUGGAUAGUCGUGAGGAGGAUACAUUUGCACAUUAGGGAGACACCAUCCUAGUCUUGUCAUGGAACUGCAGUGCCCUGGAUGUUUGGCUCUAUUGCCUUUCAGCAUGUUUUGUCCUGCCAGAGAACAUAUGGAGUUUACUAGGAAGCUUGUUAAAAAUGCAGAUGCCUGGAUCCCAUACCAGACCUCCGCUGAAUCAGACUAGCUUUCGUGCCCAGGAAUCUGUGUUUUAGCCAGACUUCCCAGGGGAUUCUAAUCCAUGUCAUAAUUUGAGAACUACUAUUGGAACUUCUGUUUUGGUAGAUCAGUUGGGUCUAAUAACAUACCAGGAACUUUGUUCUGAUUUUCUGUUGAUAGUUUAAGGUGUUUAUAAUACUAAAACUAAUUAUUCCAAAAUUUUCUCCUCAAUGGGGCAUUUUGUUCCCAUUUUCUAGGUGCCUUCUCUUUCCACAAAAAUGGAUCCAAUGUUAAAGAAUCAUCUGCCAUUCAUUUGGACAAAAUUGUCUCUUUUCUAGUUCUCCUCUGUAUCAUUUCUUGCAAGAUGUCCCUUUUCCUUUUCAUCACUAUGUCCCAUUGAAUGUGGUAUCUUUUUCCUUUUUUCCCUUCUUACUCCUUUAAAAAUAUUCAAUCUCUGAUUAUUUAUUAAUUCCAAAAACAGCUCUUGAACAGGGUGAAAGUCUUAACAGUUCUUCAAACAUGCAAUGUUCCUCUGUAUUUCUCUUCAGAGAUAACAAAUAUUAUAAAUGAAUUACUCUGACUUAAAAGUUCUGAUGAGGAAAACUUAACCCUCUUAAAUAUAUGCUUUGAUUUACAGCAAUAAUAACAAUUGUGACCUGAACUUAUUUGAUGAUAUCUUGGCAAUUUAUUCCUGGUCUCAGGAAGUAUAACAUAUUUGAAGUCUAUAUUCUCAGAAUGCCAUACACAGCUGUGUAAUGUUUAAGAAAUUAAAAGGAGUUUGAAUUUUAAA